CCCCUUUGGGGGACACGUAUCCAGUCAACUGGUGAAGCCAGUCAAAGCGAACGUGCGUCGUUUGUUGCUUCAAUAUCUGUAUAGGCAAAACACCCACCUUCCGAAUUUGAAGUGCUCCAGCCGGCGGCAACUCCCGUUUGUCCAAUCAGCCUAUUCCCGAGUGCCUCACUGCUGUUCAAAGCGCCCUAUUGAUACGAUGGAGAAGCAAGGGUGUCCCUGUGUGACCAUCGCAAGUCAGCCUGUCGAAGCUAAUGGGCCAUCCCAAGGAUCUGGACAACAAGGUCCACAGCCUGGCGACCCACAGCCAGGUGGUCCACAGCCAGGCGGUCCACAGCCAGGCGGCCCACAGCCAGGCGGCCCACAGCCAGGCGGCAAACCCUCUGGCCGUCGGCCGUGCGGUCCGGACCCAUGUGGAACAGAAAUGUGCCCGACGACCAAGUCGACUAAUAGAGGCGGUAUCCCUGGUGCUGGACCACGUGAUGGUCCUGCAGGUGGACCAGAUGAUGACCGGGUUGUUGGCUUUGGACCUGAUGGAGGACGUGGCGUUGGCCCGAACGGCGAAGAUUCUUACGGGGGAACUGGCGGUGGCCCUGACGGCAACUAUGGCAGCGGCCCAGGAACAAACGGUGGCGGUCCCGCUGGUAAAGGCUAUAACGAUGGUCGUAGCGGAGGCCCUGGCGGCCCUGACGGCAACUAUGGCAGCGGCCCAGGAACAAACGGUGGCGGUCCCGCUGGUAAAAACGAUGGUCGUAGCGGAGGACCUGGCGGCCCUGACGGCAACGGCCCAGGAACAAACGGUGGCGGUCCCGCUGGUAAAGGCUAUAACGAUGGUCGUAACGGAGACCCUGGCGGCACUGACGGCAACUAUGGCAGCGGCCCAGGAACAAACGGUGGCGGUCCCGCUGGUAAAAACGAUGGUCGUAGCGGAGGACCUGGCGGCCCUGACGGCAACGGCCCAGGAACAAACGGUGGCGGUCCCGCUGGUAAAGGCUAUAACGAUGGUCGUAACGGAGGCCCUGGCGGCACUGACGGCAACUAUGGCAGCGGCCCAGGAACAAGCGGUGGCCCACCCAAUGGCGGUUCCGGUGCAUAUGGCGGUAAAGGAUAUGACGAUGGGCGUGGCGGUGGCCCAGGUGCAGAUGGCAGCGGUCCAGCUGGUAAAGGAUAUAACGAUGGUCGUGGCGGUGCUGUGCCUCGUGCUGCGCCUGGCCAAGGCCAAUACGAUGGUCGUGGUCAGGGCUCCGGACAGAGCCCAUAUCCCAACAAAGAUUUUCCCGAAGGAAAAGUGGACCUGGGCAUCGCUGUGGCACUCUUCACCGUGGGAGUCGUGACGACCAUCAGGCUAGGAGCUGUGGCCAGUGAGAUUGGCUAGGAUCGCUAGCCGGGGGGUUUAUUAUAUUCAACAAUUUGCAACAAGGACGAGGUCAAGGUCACUCGAAUACUCAUCUACACAACGCAGUCCAGGAGACACCUAAUCCAAGCAGCAACUACAGUCAGGCGUUUUGUUCGUUUUUGGGGGCGCAAUUAAAAUUCAAAAUUCCAGCAACUCCAAGGA